AUGGACCCAGCUUUCUCUGUUGGAGAGUACCGCCCUCAUCUAGAACCCGUACCGAGCUCGGCCAACGACAACUUCUUGAUCAACGACGACUUUGACCUCGUCUCCCCUUACGCGUUCGGGCGGGAUAUGCCCAAUUCUCUCGCCGCCACUACCCAGCAAGCGCACGCUGACUUUGCGGUCACUCUGGCUGUGCUGGAGCCUAGCAUAAAUAAUACCCAGGAUGACGUGGGUCUGCCCGCCAGCCGACCUGAGAUCACGGUAUUUGAAGCGGGCAUCUACAGCUGUACCUACCGCGGCUGCACCCGCCGCUUCGACACUCCCGCGUGCCUGAAGAAACACCGCAGAACCCACCUCUCUAUUCCUGGCCGCGGCCUCAGCGUACGCAACUCGCAAACCGGCCCUUACCGAUGUGACCGUAUCAACCCAUCGACGGGUAGGCCGUGUAGUAGAGAAUUCUCCCGGCCGUACGACCUCACCCGCCACGAGGACACAAAACACAACGUCAGCAAACUGAAGAUUCGAUGCCACCUGUGCGAGGAGAUUAAGACCUUUUCGCGUAACGAUGCCCUUACGAGGCAUAUGCGCACCGUCCAUCCCAGUGUUACCUGGCCCGGAAAAGCGGAAGCGCGGCAGUGA